UGUACUCUCUCUCUCUCCCUUUCUCUCUCCAUUUGGAGCUCCUGGAUUCACUGGUGAGGUCUUCAGCUUUGGCUCUUCUCUGAUAUUUGACAGACAUAUCCAGGAACCCAGCUGUAUCAGGAUGAACUCCACAUUAACGGCCACCCUGUGUGCUGAAAAAGAGUUUGAGGAGCAACAAAAGACAAACUGACACAGAAAGAGAGAGAGAGAGAGAAAGAGCAUAAGAGAGAGGACAGAAGGGAUUUCUUUCUGAGGGAUUCCCCCACCCAGGGAAACGGAGGUGUGCUGGCAAACUGUCACAGUCAUGAACAGAAGCUGGAGAUAAAGAUGACAUCUGGAAGCAGCUGAAGCUGUCAGGCUUCAUGUCUCCAUCCUCCCCUGAGGGAGGACAAGAAGAUGAGUGUCACCAAUCAUCACUCCUUCAACAUCCUGACCAUCAUCUUUUUCGUUCUGUCUACUACAGCUUUCUCUGCUCACUUUCGGGUGUGUGAGCCUUACUUCGACCACAAGGAGCGCUAUCACUUUGGAUUCCACUGUCCCCGUCUCUCGGACAACAAGACGUACAUGUUCUGCUGUCACCAUAACAACACAGCCUUCAAGUACUGCUGCAACGAGACCGAGUUCCAAACAGUCAUGCAGGUCAACCUGACCACCUCACCGGACGGCUACGCUCACAACAAUUACUCUGCAUUAAUCGGCGUGUGGAUCUAUGGGUUCUUCGUUAUGGUGCUGCUAGCACUUGAUUUUCUCUAUUACUCGGCCAUGAACUAUGAGGUGUGCCGGGUUUAUCUGGAAAAGUGCGGACUGGGGGGCCGCUGGCUGAAACAGGCCCGCGGUCAGUGUCACGGCGACGGACAGGAGGAAAGGGAUGGGCGGCCCGCUCAACCCUCAUCACAACCUCAAGAGACACAUCAACACGGCUGCAGUCAGGCCAGACACAGCCUGACAGGAGACGCACAGAGUCCGACACAAACCACACACAAUACGACAACGGCCUGAGACCAACCAAAUGUAAGGACCGACUGCUGGAGUCCCCCAGUGAGGAAGUGCAUUAUGGGAAAUGUAGUACAUGCCCCUGCCACAUGGACCUACAUAUCACAGGUGCCUGUCUGCCCCAAAUCUCACACAGCACAACUUUCAACCCCUCGACAAACCCAGAACCGCAACUCAGAAUCAGCUGGAAGCAGACAAGUAGGGGGACGAGAGAUUCUGAGGAGCGGCUUUACUGAGAUUUGUGGAAGUACAGAAACAGACUUCAGACCGAACUGGACUUUGAUGGACACAGAACUCAGCCAGGACAUCUUUGGACCUAUGUAGCUAUUUUGUGAGCUCUUCUGGAUUAAACUCUCUGUAACUGUGCGGUGUCGGUUUAUUUAUUCAUUGUCAGGGAAAGUGAUGAAUGAAGUCGUCAAAAGUCAUUUGAAAGAUUCAAGCACUCGUGACUUUGGAAGUUAAAUUGCAGUAAAUAUCAAAACUCACAUGUCGUGGGUGGUUCUGCAGUGAAGAUGUGAAAUGAAAUAGUAUGGUGAAUGUUCGUUUUUGACUACUGUUGUGAUUUGACAUUUUCUCAUUUGUAAGAAUCAGUGAGGUAGCAAAUUGUGUUAAAUUAAGCUUUUUUAUUCACCCUCAUUUUGUUUCAUGCCCUGAAGAGUUCAUUGUGUAUGUUUGUCAGGUUGUUUUGAAGAGUUUUGUUCAGUGGUACUCUAUUGAUAUUGAUCAGAUGAGUUCAUUUAGACUUUAGUUUUUGACUGAACCUCUGAAAUGAAAACAUGAUUACAUA